AUGGUCCCUGGGGGACCCCCCAAACCAACGUGUAAUGAAACCUUCUUCUACGACGCCUUCGCAACUACAGUUCAUGUUCAUGCAGCUGCAUGUUACUCAGAUGGAUCUGAAAGCUUUAAUAUCGGAUUGUUCAUCAAAUCUUACCAAGGAGUUUUACCAAAUACCACUGUGACUUUCCACUACCUGCCUCCUGGUGAGAAAUUAAGGGUUGUUGUGAUUGCUGUUGGAAAGAAUGGAAUGGAAUCUAUACCAACAACAGUUCCAAUAUAUACGAAACCAGAGGGUCCUUCUUGCUCUAAAGCGAAGUACCAAUCAACAAAUAAUUCGAUAACGAUAUUCGGAGGGAGUUUUUCAGCGAAAGGUGCUGAUUCAUAUAAAGUAUGGAAAUCAAAGAACCCAGAGGUACCAUUACUCAUUCGACAUGACCAAGAUGUAACCUUCUACAACUUAGCGUCGAGUACCGAUUACAAGUUUUCUGUACAAUCUAAAAGUCUUUUUGGGAUAUUCAGCAUAGGAAGAUGCAACAUUUCAACAACAACUAGACCAAAUAAUCCUGACUGCACAUCAGCUGUUAUCUCAAGCAUUGGAACCCACGACUUUGUGCUAAAUCUUACUACCAUGAAAACAAUGGAUGCUACAGGUUAUGUGGUGGAAUACACAACCACAGAUACAAAGAAGAAUGCCACAUUUACUUCACAUUCACUUGUUCAACAAUUGUCCAAUCUGAAACCAGGAUCAUUGCAUACUGUCACGAUAUAUUCGAUCGGAAUCGCAGGUCUUCUUAGUUUAAAAGGCUGCACAAAAACAGCAUACACCAGACCCACCAUACCUGCAGAUAAUGUUAGAAUUUACAAUGACACCUCCUACGUAGCUAUAGAAUGGACUCACUUAGAUGGGAAUGUCGAGAAGUAUACCGUAGAGAAACGUUGUUCAUGUGAAAACAGUUCCUGCACGCCUUGUACUCCUAGUGUCGCAGUUUCCAAACCCACAGACUUAAUAAAUGCUGUAAAUAUAACCGGCCUUAACCCAGGGACAUACUGCAACGUCUCCAUAGUUGCCGUAUCUGGGAAACUGCCUAGUGACCCACUCCAGGUGACCGUGAAAUCAUUAGAAACAGAGCCUGGAAAAGUAAGGUAUUUUGCAGUCACAGAAGUUACCAAAGGUAGCAUUGAUGUUAAAUGGGUGGAACCGAUGUGUACUAAUGGAGAUAUACUCCAUUACAAGUUAACAAUCUCACAAGAUCAAGGAUCGGUUCACUCAUAUUUAGUAAAUGCCUUUCAAAAUACCUACCCGUUUCAAAAUUUACAAACAGGAACUUUCCACAAUAUCACCAUAGCAGCUGUAAAUACUGCAGGCGAUGGACCGAUAUCAUAUUUACAGGUUUACACUCGUGAAACAGCUCCCAGCAUGGUGACCAAUCUUCAGGCGACGAAUAUUUCAUCAACCUCUGUAUUUGUUUCUUGGGGAAAACCCAUUUCCCCAAAUGGUAUCAUUAACAAAUACGAAGUUCUUGUACAAUUACGUUCAGACUGUGUGCAAAAAAUACAAAUGAACUGUAGCCAUUGUAUAAAAAAACAUGAAGAUGAUUCUGCUAAGUUGAAAGGAGAUCCAGAUCAGAUAUCAACUAUUCGCCUGGAAUCUGAGAAAUGUGCCCAGCAAAAAUCAAUCAGCUUCACGGAAAACAACAACAGAAAUUAUUCAAUUGUUGUUCACAAUUUAACGAUCUUUACGGAAUAUAACGUCUCUGUAUUUGCAUUCACAUUAAUUGGGUCUGGACCGGUUUCGAGCGCAGUAGUUAGAACAUCAGAGGACAGGCCAUCACAACCCACGGAUCUUCGGGAAAGGAGUGCCUCACAAUCGGAAAUUUCACUAGAAUUUCAAACCCCAGGAUUUCCAAAUGGACAUAUUAUUCGUUUAGAUAUCGAAUAUGAAUACAAAACGCAGAAUACAUGUCUUUCCGAGAAUUUGAAAUAUGAAACAGGAACUAAAGUUGUACAAAUAAACAAUCCCUUAGGGGAAAUAUACGGUUUCUCUCUUGAAAAUCUGUACAGCUACUGGGAUUACACAAUACGAGUAAGAAUGGCUACCUCUGCUGGAAGUGGGAAUUAUAGCAAAUCCAAAACUAUACGCACAAAACCUGACGUUCCAGGAAUUGUCAGAGACAUUAACACGGGACAUUUAACAUCUAGAAGCGUUCCACUAACUUGGAGAAAACCAUGUCAACCUAAUGGAAUAAUUAAACAUUACCUAAUCAAAGUGAUUGGCGGGAGCGUGUUGGAAGCCGAUCCAUUACAAACCCCAUCCAACGACACAUCUUACACUGUAACUGAUCUUCUUCCUUAUCGGCGAUAUUCCUUUAACAUUUCAGCUAAAGUUGUCGGUGUGGACAUUGCUGGUGAAUCCGUUAAAUCACAAGCAGUGAAUACAUCCACUGAAGCUGCCAAGAAGCCCGGAAACGUGACAUUUAACACCACACCGUUUUCUGUUUUCCUGAGAUGGGAACUACCGACUUUGCAAACUGGUCCGACGUAUUACAGAGCCGAUGCACUCGAUUCAAGAAACAACAGAAAUACAUCAAGCUGUUUAACAAAAGGGUAUACGAACACAUCAUGUACGAUACACAACCUGCAUCCGUAUUGGAAUUACAGUGUAACAAUCUCUGCUAUCACUGAUCCAUUUGGGCCAAAUUCUACUACAGUAAUCAUUCGUACCAAGGAAAGUGCUCCAGGAAAAGUGAGAAUUUUCAAAGUCUCUCAAGUUCAAAAUGACACUGCUCCGCGUGAAGUUACGUUAUCGUGGGUGCCACCAUCAGAGACGAAUAGGAACGGAAUAAUACGAAACUAUUUCAUACAGUACUGGGUUGUAGAUUCUACAGGGAAACCAACUGGUCAGGUUGAGACGCUUUCAUACGAACCGGACAUUUUUUCGACUAGCAUAAAACAGAUAUUGCCGGAAAAUGCAUACUUUUUCCAAAUAUUCCCAUCUACGAUAUUUAAUGCUACUGAAAAGGAUUAUGUCAAUGAAACAAUCAAAAUUUCUGCAGGGGCACCGAUUCCUAUCAAAUUACCCAAAGAUGUGAAAGCCAUAUCGUUGGGACCAUCUGCCAAACUUUCAAACGACGAAAGGCAAUUGUCUGUUUCCCUUUAUUAUCGAUCUCUGUGUGAUAACUCAAAUGGAAAUCCAGACUCGUGGUACAUUAUCGUCGCUGAACAGUCAAGCAUACCGGAAAAAUUAUCGACACCAUUUCAUGACUCAAGGACAAAGUACGAAAGUUUCAUCAAGGAAGAGUACAAAACGUGGUCUAAUGUUCACUCACAAGACCAUUUUCAGCCUUACAUAGCGACUACUGAUCUGAAACCUGGAUGUAAUAAACACAGAAGACACAAAAGAGCUACGGAAGACAUCUUGAAGACUUAUGAUGUUUUGAUUGGAGAAGAGGAAGAUUGUGAUGGAAUUUCUAAGCACUACUGCAACGGAUAUCUGAAACCCGAUAACGAAUAUAGGGUACGUUUUGCCGUUUGUACCAGUAAAGGAUGUCUGGAAUCUGAAUUCUCAACACCACUGACAACAAAGCCUAACCUGGUCCCUCUGAUAGCUGGUUCCGUGUCUGCUGUUGCCGCAGUUCUAGUAUCGAUCAUUGUUGUUAUUGUGCUAUUGAAACGCAACAGAAAAGGACCAUUCCAGAAAAAAUCUCGAGAGGUAGAAAGAGGGAAUGAUAAUGUAAAUUUCACAACCGAACUUGAAAAUGUAGCCAAACCUAGACCGGUAAAGAUCGCAGAUCUUGCUCAACAUGUACAUAAAAUGCACGCAGACAGUAAUCUGCUGUUUUCCAAAGAAUAUAAGCUAGUGAAAGACACCUGUCCAACACAUACUACAAAAGCUGCUGAAACGCAGGUCAACAGAAUAAAAAACAGAUAUACCAACAUCCUAUCAUAUGAUCACAGUCGUGUAAAGUUGCUUCCCACAGAAGAUGAUGAGGGAUCAGACUAUAUUAACGCCAACUAUAUUCCGGGAUAUAAUUCAGAACGAGAGUACAUCGCCACCCAAGGCCCACUUCCUUUUACACGCGAUGAAUUUUGGAGAAUGAUCUGGGAACAGAACGUCAGUAUUAUUGUCAUGCUAACUCAGUUGGUGGAAAGAGGAAGGAGGAAAUGUGAUAUAUAUUGGCCUGAUACUACUCGAGAACCAGUUUACUAUGGGGACCUUGUGGUUGAAAUUGAGUCUGAAUCAACGCUUCCUGAUUAUGUUCUACGUGUCAUGUCAGUAAAAUUGGGCGACACCAGAAAAACUGUUAAACACUUUUCGUAUUUGGCAUGGCCUGACAUGGGUAUUCCUGAAACCUCAGAAGCCAUGCUUAAGUUUGCGAAAGAGGUCAGGAGCCAUCAACCCCCUCCCGCAACUAAUAGAGGACCUUUUGUUGUUCACUGCAGUGCUGGUGUGGGUCGCACUGGAACCUACAUUGCAGUCGAUUAUCUCAUGCAACACGUCAGGACAAGUGAUGUCAUCGACAUAUAUAAUUUAGUAAUGAAAAUGCGCAACAACCGGCCAAAUAUGGUUCAAACUGAGGACCAAUAUAUUUUCAUCCAUGACUGUAUUAAAGACUUCGUUAAUCGCGGUGAUGACGAUGACAGCGAGGAAGGAGAGAGCGCGGAGGGAGAAGUCAAUCCAAUAUAUGAAAAUAUGUAGGUCAACCAUUACCUUUAAAUAACCGGGUUCGACAGAAAAGUACGAGUUGGAUUCAAGACGUCCAUUCUUCAUCUUUACUUUUCAUCAAUUAUGAACAAUCACUUUUACCUCUAUACAUCUAACACAGAUAUUUUUAUAGUUUUAUUUUCUUGAAUUUCGUUUGUGUUUUUAAUUAUGUCAUUUUAUAAACAAUUGAAUGAUAUGUCUUGGAACAUGUUCGGAAAUAUUCAAUAAUGUAAUGCAUGACUAUUAAUGUAUUAUCAUAAAUGAUAUAUUUCGAAAUAUAGGUACAAAAUGUAGUGAAAGCAUGUCAUUGUAUUAUCUGGACAAAAGACUUAAUCAUGUGAUUUUAGGAUGUACAUGUUUUUAUAGCUAUCCUGUUUUACUUUUCUGAAUAUGUAUUUGUUCUUAAUCCAACAUUCAUGUGUGUGUGUGUGUGGUAUUCCCUAUUUAAAGACAGAAAAAAAAUUAUUUUGACUAAAUUAGCAAAGAAAGAGUAACAGGUACUCUGGAUUGGUAAAUUUCCUGAAAGUGUUGUGUUUUUGUUGUUUUGGUGGAUUUUAUUCACACAUUUGUCCCCCCCCCCCACCCACCCCACCCCCCCCCCCACCCCCAUCUUCUUUACGAUAUUUUAGUCUGCCCUCUCCGUAUGUAACGGUGGAUAUCUUCCACAAAUAAGAAGAAUAAUUUAAUAUAUUUUGAGAAAUCCGAACAAUAUAUUUAGAAUGAAUAUUUAGGUAAACCCUUUAGCUCAUACUUAUGAAUAUCCAAACGUGUGUGAAUAGUUUUUAAUGCAUAUAACAAAAUUUCAUUCUUGGGAUUUUCCUUUAAUUAUUUCGCACGAUAGAUACUAGCAAAGUAUAUAUCAUCAACUAAUUCUGUAAAUUGAUGUGUAGAUAAUUUUCAAAUAGACAUAGAAGUAGGUUUUAUAUUUCAUUUUGUAUUGUUACUGACUUUGUAGUGGAAAACCCCGAGUGAUAUAAAUGAUUAGUUGUCUUCAAUACCAAAUAUAUAGCUUUGUUCAGUAUCCUUGUUGUUUACAGUCAUAAUUUGUAAUAUUUUCAAUCAUAUAAUUCAUAUACGUUUGAAGGGUGAUUUUGAAAAAUCCUAGACAGCGCCUCGAUUCUGCACUCAUCUUGAUUGAAAUACAGUAAAAUUAUGAAUAUUGAAUUCCAAUUCUCAAUGAAUAUGAAGAAUUAAUAAAUCCACUCCAUGCACAACCACAGCAACUUCGAAAUACGAUGUUUAUUCUACAAUGUUUAAUUAUUUGUCAGAAUUUACGAAAUAUUAUCCAUGCUCUUUUUUGUGUGUGAUUUUUAAAGAGUAUUCAAAAGGCAACGCAAUCGGAGAAAUAAAUAAGUUGUGCAGUUACUAUAAAAUAAGCAACAAAUAUAGAUCUUUACCUCGGUUAACAUAAAGCGUUAAGAAAUAAACGUUGGAGACGCAUAAUAAUAAUAAUAAUAAUAGUUUAUAUAUAUAUAUAUAUAUAUAUAUAUAUAAAUCACAAACAAACAAUUAUAACACCCAACCUUACGUUUACCCCUAGGAUCUAAACGAUACAUGUGAAAAUCAAUUAAUUAAUAUAUAAAGCACUAAAUAAUCACAACUAGGUACUGAAAAUUUUCGCCCCAGCCCGGGGUCGAACCAGCGACGUACGGCACCCACCGCCUAGCAAGAUUGUCAAACCAGUGCGUAAGUCCACUCGGCCACAACGACUUCCCUAAAAAGGAAGUUUUGUUAUGCUCCUAAAGCGCUACUUAUACACACUGAUGUCGCUGGUUCGACCCCGGGCUGGGGCGAAAAUUUUCAGUACCUAGUUGUGAUUAUU